CAUUGUUCGCACCUUUUUGUUCGUCUGUUUCCACUGUUGAACUCUUAUCUCGAUCCAUAUUCUGAGAUCUGGUGGAGUUGCGACGUUAUUCCAUCGGUUUUGCUCUUCUGAUUGUUUCCUUAUAGAUCUGGAGUUGGUGAAACAGGACCUAUAACAGUUUAACAAAGAUGUCGCCUUCUGAUUCGACCCGGGAAGAGAAUGUUUACAUGGCCAAGCUGGCCGAGCAAGCUGAACGCUACGAGGAAAUGGUGGAGUUCAUGGAAAAGGUUGCAAACACAGGCGACACUGAGGAGCUUACUGUCGAAGAGAGGAACCUCUUGUCCGUUGCUUACAAGAAUGUGAUUGGUGCGAGGAGGGCUUCGUGGAGGAUUAUAUCUUCCAUUGAGCAGAAGGAAGAAAGCAGGGGAAACGAGGACCACGUCUCGAUGAUCAAGGAGUACAGAGGCAAGAUCGAAGCUGAGCUCAGCAAGAUCUGUGAUGGCAUUUUGAACCUUCUCGAGUCUCACCUCAUUCCUUCUGCAUCCUCUGCCGAGUCCAAGGUCUUCUACCUCAAAAUGAAGGGUGAUUAUCACAGGUACCUCGCCGAGUUUAAGACCGGAGCCGAGAGGAAGGAAGCGGCUGAGAGCACUCUGUUGGCCUACAAAUCCGCUCAGGAUAUCGCUCUCACUGAACUGGCUCCUACUCACCCGAUCAGAUUGGGACUUGCGCUUAACUUCUCUGUCUUUUACUACGAAAUUCUCAAUUCACCUGAUCGUGCUUGUAACCUUGCUAAGCAGGCUUUUGACGAGGCAAUCUCUGAGUUGGACACGUUGGGAGAGGAAUCAUACAAGGACAGUACAUUGAUCAUGCAACUCCUCCGUGACAACCUGACCCUCUGGACUUCCGACAUCAACGACGAGGCCGGAGAUGAGAUCAAGGAUGCCUCGAAAGGGGAAGCGGAAGAGGGGCAACAGGCGGCGCAGGCAGCAGCUCCACCAGCGCAGUGAUGUGAGUGAGACAGGUCCCAUGAGUACAAAUACCGAAUAUCAUUGCCCUAAAUUCACAGAUCAGUAGUUUUUAUUUCUGUCUCUCUGGAAGAUGUGGGUUUGUAGAAGCAGAAGUUUCGAUUUUUCUAUGGAAAACUCUUUUCUUUCUUGGUGGUGGAGCUUUGAGUGUUGUUUACUUUGGACUUGGGGAGGAAGGAAGAAAGAAUGUCACAGUGAAUGGAUUUGGGAUUUGUGAUGUGCUUCUAAAAAGUAAAAGCUGCCCCUUUGAUUUUGGUGGAGGAUACAAGUUA